GUGCAUAACAGGGCAUGUCUAAAUUUGUAGGGUGUACGAGUCUUUAUUUAUGCAAGUUUGUUGAAGCCGCUUUUUUAUUGCCAAUACCCCGCUAGCGAUCCCACUCGAUUUCGAUGCAAAAGUGCUUUGGGCAGCAGAGUUGACAGGAAAUGCUUCGACAACCAUAACUUUGAGAAAUAGUAUUUAGGAACGGCUAGUCACGAAGUCAACGGGAAACUCUCUGCUAAUAAUGGUAUACAAAUGAUUAGGUUUUCGGCAUGAUAGAAUUUGAAAGAAAAAGUUACAAAUAGAAAAGCGGAUUGGGUUACAUCAAGCAAGACUCAUGAAAGUAUACCUUAGUAUAAAUGCUCAAAUUAGACAAGCUUGCCUUUUCUUGAUAUACAAUAGAUAAACCUAAUUCAGUUUCGAUGAAGCCACAAUACCGAUGAUUAGCUUAUGGGCCUGCCAUCAAGAGAGAUUGAACCCUACAAAAGUUAUAACCAGAAAUUGCACAAUUACAGCUACUUGUGUACUUGUUUAUAAAGACAUAAGUUCACUGAUAAUUUGGGAGAGUGCGAUAGGAGCAGGGAUGCCAGUUAAAGAAAAUCUUCGUACAGUCAUCCAGACCAGAAGAUGUGCUCGAGGCCUGGGGCCGAUAAGACUUUCUACGGUCACGGACAGAAAAAGGAAAGAACAGCUUACCCCAGAAGAGGAGGAGAAACGCCGACUUCGUCGCGAGAGGAACAAGCAGGCAGCGAACAGAUGCCGCAAAAGAAAGAGAGAUAAGAUCGAAAUGUUGGAAAGGACAGCACAAGAGAUCGAUGAUUCAAACAAAGCCCUGGAGACAGAUAUAGCAAAUAUGAGGACAGAGCUGACCGAACUGAUGAGUGUGCUCCGAUCGCACGAUUGCGUGAUGCGCUCACGUGAUGCUGUAACGCAAGAAGAUAGGGCGUCAGGUCUUGUCGAAGAACCUGGGCCUUGCUGAAGCGAAAGUGUGAUGAAAUAAUUUGUCACUGAGUGAAUCAUAUAUUCUCUUUAUAUAUAACACACAUGUACAUAAAUUUAUUCAAUGGCUUUUAGAUGAAACAUUGUAAUAUACUGAGCUAUAUAGGUUGAAUAAAAAGGUUUUUCGGCAUA